CUUUUCUCUCAGCGAAGCCUCGUCCGGACCCAGACACAAAAUCCUCAAAGAAUAAGUUUUAUCCGGAAAGUAUGUAUCAGCCUCUCGCAGGCAAGUUCCGUUAUAUUGUGGUCUCAUCUCACCAACAACAAGGAACCCCACAUCAGAUCAUCACAUGCCGCAUCUCACUACUUCGAAGGCUCACCGCGCAACCUAUUCUCAGCAGCCUGUGCAUCCACCAAUACCACCGUGCCCAAAGUGUCAAGGAACCGCCAGAAGGGACCAAAACACCUCACAUUCUGGGCGACUUGAGACCGCCUAUCGGCCACAAUCUCUAGCCUGCGUUCUGACACAACUCUGACCCCUGAAGUCUUUGUCCGGGGCCUUUUUUGUCUGGCGCAACAAACAACACCUCAGAUCCACCCCUUGAUACUAUAAUAUAUUCACCUGCCCGCAAUCGCCAUGGCGCGCCCUACAGAAAAUCUAGAAAAACAGCCUUUGCUUUCUCCCCCUAGCCACCCGCGUCAGGGUUUUGGCAUACACUCUUUGCGCAAAGAGCCAGUCCUUUCAUAUAGACUUGAGCCUCAACGGCACACUCCACUCUCAUUUCGCGCAAAGAUCAUACUCGGGAUGGUCGCUAUACCAGCAUAUUUACUGGCCUCGUCGGCCGUGACCACUCUGGGGCCUCUCUGGCCUCGCGACACAGUCAUUCGCUCCGCAGAACCCGAACCAGAGUCCACCUCCACACAGACGGAUCCCUUGCCGAAUCCUUUCUCGUCCGUCGCAGGACCCCUCGUCGAACAGAAUUUCCCGGAUCCAGCGAUCAUAGUCGUGGAUGGAGUGUCGUACGCCUUUGCGACAAACAACAGAGGGAAAGGUGCAGAUAUGGUACAUGUACAAGUCGCUACAUCUACAGAUAAUCAGACAUGGACGUUAUUGGACCACCAUGAUGCUCUGCCAUCAGGAGGCGCAUGGGAGACCGGCGCUCGUGUGUGGGCGCCGGAUGUUGUUCAAGUGGACGACGGCUCGUUCGUUUUAUACUACGCCGAUGAGGUCGUCUGGAGUCCGUCGCAUCACUGUGUCGGAGCCGCGACUUCAACGAAUAUCCUCGGACCUUAUAUACCUCAAGAGCAGCCGUUCGCUUGCCCGGAUGUCUCUACACGGGGUGGCGCCAUUGAUCCCGAUGGAUUCCUGGACACGGCUACGAACAAGCGAUAUGUUGUCUACAAGGUCGACGGCAAUUCCAUCGGUCAUGGCGGCAUAUGUGGAAAUACCGUAGCGCCCAUUGUUCCUACGCCUUUAAUGCUUCAGGAAGUCGGACUGGAUGGCCUUUCGCUGAUUGGGGAUGCCGUCCAAAUCCUGGACCGGGAUGACCUCGAUGGCCCUCUAAUUGAAGCUCCCACUCUGCACCGAUCCGCUGACGGCAUCUACUUCCUCUUCUUCAGCAGCAAUUGCUUCACCACGCCUAAGUACGACGUCUCGUAUGCCACCGCAACAAAUAUUUACGGACCAUAUACGAGGUCCAGUCGUCCGCUCCUUAUCACCAGCGACGCUGACCUUGUCGGCCCUGGCGGCCUAGACAUUGUCAAGGGAGGCGACCUCGUUGUCUUCCACGGGCAUAUGACAAUCAACAACGACCCGGCGGAACUGCAGAAAGCGAAGGCUAUCUCGGCUUCGACGGGGAAACCUGUCAAAGACGUCGUCUUACCUCUGAUAAGAGGGAUGUGGUCCGGUACUGCAACCUUCUCUGGGACCGGCAUCAGCCUCGGUUGACCUUUGUCUGUUGUCUGUAGUUUUUGCUUUGUAUUUGGUGCAGCGUUCUAGCGAGUCCACAAGCGUUUUAGCAAGAGCCCGGAAGCGGCAUUUUGAUUCUUGCAUUUGUACAAAAAGAUUACAUCAGGUAUACACACGUGUGAUGAACUAGAGACUUUGCGAUAUCUACCAGAUUUACGUCCAUGCCAAUAUCAGCUUGAAGACU